AUGGGCCUCCGAAAUUCUAAAGAAACUAAAAUAUAUUAGGAAGGAACAACCAUAUAAUACUCAUCUCCUAAUAGUAAAAACAUUUAAAUAUUAAAAGUCAGUAGCAGAGGCGAUAUUUCAGUUGAUAAUCAAAAAUCUAAUCCUUAAAAGUUCAAAAAAGGUACUAACAAAAAUAAUCUUAUUAGUUAUAUAUUUAAUAAGGCAAAGUAAAUUUAAAGAAGCCUUAAAAGAAUUAGAAACUAUAGAGGAUUUACAUUCAGAAUCGCCAGAUUUCUACUAUUGGAAAGGUAUAUUCUUAUAAAUUACUUUUAGGUCUAGCUUUUUUAGGAAUGAAUGAUUAUCAAAAGGCUUUAGAAUAUUGUGAAUAAGCUAUUAAAUAUGACCCUUAUCAUAAACUUGCUUUAGCAGAAAUAGGUUUCAAAAAAGAAUUAUCUUAUUUAGGCAAUAUUUAUAUAUUGACUCAAAAAUACCAAGAAGCCCAUUAAAUAUUCUUGGAACUCUUAAAACUAGAUCAAAAUUCUUUUGAAGCUCAUUUAGGAAUAGGCUUUGUUAGAACUUAAAUUAAUGAUUUUAAGACUGCAUAAGAACAUUAUGAGUCUGCUUUAAAUUCUGGAAUUGAAGAAAAAAUUGCAUCUCUGAAUUAUGGUAUAUACUUUCUCUAAUUAUUUAAGGUCAUAUGUUGUUUAAAUAAAAAAAUUAUGAUUUGGCAUUGAAAUUUUAUACAAAAGCAUUAACUAUUGAUAAAGAAUAUUUAAGUGCAUUUUAAGCUAUCGGAAACUUAUAUCAUAAAUAACAAAAAUAUAAUGAAUUAUUAUAAUUCUGUGAUUAAAAUAAUAACAAUUAAUCCUGGAAAACUCAUAUUUUAUCACUAAAAGGUAUAUUCAGUUAAUAUUCUAAUAGGUUCUGCAUAUUUUGGGUUAAUGUAAUAUGAUUUAGCUCAAUAAGCAUUUGAAAUGAUCUUAAAUGAAGAUUAAAAUAGUACUGAAGCUCUUUAUGGUAUUUCAAAAUGUUUAAAAGCAUAAGGAAAGUAUUCCUAAGCUCUAAAUAUUUUAGAAAAAAUUCUAAAACAUUCUUAAAAAAAUAAAAAAAUUUUAAAUUUGAAGGCUAGUCUUUAAAUUCUUUUAUAAAGAUAUCAACAAGCAUUAUAAACAUGUGACGAACUAUUUGAAAUGGAUGCGAAUGAUUCUUAUUCUUUCUAUUUAAGAGGUUUGGUAUAUAUGAAUAUGAAAGCUUUUGGUAAUGCAAUUGAUGAUUUUGAUAAAGCUUUAAACUUUGAACUUCACCAUAAUUUUAAUCAAAAAGUUUAUCAUGCUAAAAGUAUUUAUUCUUAUUUAAUCAUACAGUCAAAUGCCAUUUAGAAUUCUAAUAAUUUUAAUCAGUCCAAGAUUCUUAUGAUUUUUUACUUGCUUUGACUAAUAAUGAUUAAGGCAAAAUAAAAAUUCUUCUUGAGAAAGGUUAUUAUUAUUUAUUGUCAAAAGAUAUUGUAAAUGCUGAAAUAAAUUUUAAUAAAGCGUUAAAAUACUAACUUUUUUAAUUAGAAACAUAACUUAAAAUAGCUAAUUAUUUUAGAGAUACAAAAUAUUACAAACAAGCUUUAACAUCAUAUGAUAAAAUCAUUCAAACAAAUUAAAGAUAUGCUAUUGUGUAUAUUGAAAAGGCUGUUUUAAUGGAUUUAUAAUAAAAUAAUUCCUAAACAAUCCAUUUAUGUAAUAGAGCCAUAGAACUCUAGAAAAAUUAAGUUAGACCAUAUUUUUUGAGAGGAAAAGCAAAAAUGUAAACUCAAUAAUAUGAUGAAGCUUUAAAAGAUUUUGAGUAAGUGGUAAAAUUAGAACCAAAUAAUCAUUAAGCUCUCUUUGAAUUUGGUUAGGCUCACUACAUGAUGAGUAAUUUCGAUAAAGCUUGUGAAAUGUUCGAAAAGGCUUUAACAUUAGCUCCUGAUAUUGAAUAAUAUCAUAUCAAAAGGGCUAUUGCUCUUUCAUUGUAAGAUUUUGAUAGUGAAGCUAUUGAAUAUUUAAAAAAUGCUAUCCAAUAAUUUCCAUAAUUUGAGGAUUGUUAAAAUUUGAUAGAAAGCUUAAAGGCAAAACCAAAACAUGUUAGAGAGUAUGCAAAUGUAUUUGUAUAUUUGAUUAUUAUGUUUUUUGAAAUAGCAGAAUAAUUAUCUAAAUAGGAGUCUUUAAUACCAACUAUUGAAAUAAGUUCAAUCAUUUAAUUAUUGAAUGAAAAAAUGAAAGAGAAUUUUCCAAAUAUUUCAAAUCUAUUUGAAAUAGUUCGCUAUUUUAUCUUAAAUAAAUUUGAUUGUGAAAUGAAAAUUAGUAAUGAAUAAAUAAUUAGAAUUUUAUUGAUCAUUUAUCAAGAAAAAUACUAUCCUGAUAAUGGAUCAAAAGAAGUUAUGAUAUUAGAUAUGAUAGAAUUAGGAAAAAAGAUUGCAAGAUUAAAAGAUAGAUAAAUUAAAUUAGGUCUAAAAUUAGAGAAUAUAAAAAUUCAAUCUGAAUUUUUGAAAUUUAUAUCUAAAUCUCAUAAUUCAAUGUUUAUUACAACUGCUGCUGGAUUUGCUAUCAAAGAUUCUAUUUAAAUUUUAAUAUUUUUAAUUUUGAACUUUAAAACUAUUAACAAUGAACCAGCAAAUCUAAAGAAUUUACUAUAUAGUAAUGUGAAAAAUGGGAUUUUAGAUUAUAUAAAACCUAAAUGA